CCACAUUACCCACAAUCCAGCGUGAGCGAAAGCGCCGCACCUUCGCCGGGUGGAGCCUGAGCGAGCGUGGGAUCGUUGUCGCUGGUAUGUGGGAGUGAGGACUGUGUGACAGGGGGGAGGCGAGGGUGAGGAGGACCCGCACACACUCUAACACAGGAGGGGGGGGAGUGAAAGGCAGAAGUGAGUUGUCGGUGUGUUGCUGCUCUCGACGCUGCGCAGGUUCCGGGGUCAGCGCGGGAGCCAGACACUUCAGGUCCGGACGAGCAGCAGCAGCAGCAGCAGCAAAGCAACAGGGCGCCGAGCGACAUGUCACGGAGCGAUUCAGCCGCGAGAGGUGGGAAGCGCGAGUGGUAGCCCCGCACAACCGCAACGCGGAAAACACCCAGCGGCGGCGAGAGAAAUGCGAAUGGUGAGAAGAGACCGGAGCCAAACGAAAUGGGAACGAUGUAGCGUCGCUGCGGCAUCUCGCAUAGCUAGAACUAACGUUAGAGUAGAGAGCAGAUAGCCAAGGAGCUAGCAGGUCAAACUCGCGUACAUGUAAAGUUAUUCCCCGGGGAGGCUGAAGCGGAGCCCGGGAAGCGUCUGUUGAAUCAGAGGAGUUUCACCCGUGAGAUAGAAGAAGAGAAAAGCGGAACAAGAAGAAGCAGAAGAAGAAGAAGAUGCUGCGGAGAAGACUGAACCGUCUGCUUGGCAGAGAUGAGAGAAGAGCAGACCAACGGACUAUCUAUGUUGGACAUCGGUCAGGCUCCUCAAAUGAGGCCAUCAUCCCACCCAAGUUCUGUGAUAACAGGAUUGUGUCCGCCAAGUAUACGGUUUGGAACUUUCUUCCAAAGAACCUGUUCGAGCAGUUUAGAAGAAUUGCCAAUUUCUACUUCCUUAUCAUCUUCCUUGUGCAGGUGAUAGUUGACACUCCCACCAGCCCAGUCACCAGUGGCAUACCCUUAUUUUUUGUGAUCACAGUAACAGCUAUCAAGCAGGGCUAUGAGGACUGGCUACGGCACAAGGCUGACAAUGAGGUGAAUAAGUACCCAGUGACAGUGCUAGAGGAUGGCCGCAGGAUACUGAAGGAGAGCGAGAAGAUCAAGGUUGGAGAUGUUGUGGAGGUGGAGGAAGAUCAGACCUUUCCCUGUGAUUUGAUACUCCUGCAGUCGUGCCGCGAUGACGAUACAUGUUUCGUUACCACAGCAAGUUUGGAUGGCGAGUCCAACCAUAAAACACACUACACAGUGCCAGACAUAGAGAGGGAUCUGGAAUCCCUUAAUGCCACCAUUGAGUGUGAACAGCCACAGCCUGACCUUUACAAAUUUGUUGGCCGUAUGCACAUCUACACAAAUAACCAGGAGCCUGCAGUGAGAUCUUUGGGCCCAGAAAACCUACUGCUGAAAGGAUCAACUUUAAAGAACACUCAGAAAAUCCGUGGUGUUGCAGUUUACACUGGCAUGGAGACAAAGAUGGCUCUCAACUACCAGGGAAAGUCUCAGAAACGCUCUGCUGUAGAGAAGUCUAUCAAUGCGUUCCUUCUUGUUUACCUCUGCAUAUUGGUGAGCAAGGCCCUAGUGUGCACGACACUUAAGUAUGUGUGGCAAAGCAAACCCGGACAAGAUGAGCCUUGGUACAAUGAGAAAACCCAGAGAGAGAAGGACGCCAAUUUAUACCUUAAGAUGUUCACCGACUUCCUGUCCUUCAUGGUGCUCUUCAACUUCAUCAUUCCAGUUUCAAUGUACGUGACGGUUGAGAUGCAAAAGUUUUUGGGAUCCUAUUUCAUCACAUGGGACCAGGACUUCUUUGACCCAGAAAUCAAGGAAGGGGCACUGGUCAACACUUCAGACCUCAACGAGGAGCUGGGACAGGUUAGGAGUGGACAAACGAAAAUCAUUCAUAUAAAUGGUAGAAAUGAGAGGGAAGAGCUGUUUCUGCGUGCCCUGUGCCUGUGCCACACAGUCCAGGUGAAGGAGUCAACAGAGCAGAGUCAAGGCCAAGCCGAUGGACUGACAGACCAGGUGGAUGGCUUAGGGGUAGAUGGAGAGGGGCUUCAUCCACCACAUGAGCAGAGAGGCCUAAUAGCCUCCUCACCUGAUGAGGUUGCUCUGGUCAAGGGCGCCAUGAGGUACGGCUUCACAUUUCUUGGUCUUGAAAGUAAAAACAUGAAAAUUCUCAACAGGAACAACGAUGUUGAAAUGUAUGAACUACUUCAUGUGUUGAACUUUGACCCAGUCAGAAGGCGUAUGAGUGUCAUAGUCAGAUCCAAAUCAGGUGAUACAUUCCUCUUCUGUAAGGGAGCGGACUCCUCCAUCUUCCCCCGCGUCAGACAGGAAGAGGUUGAAAAGAUCAGCACGCAUGUGGAGCGUAAUGCAAAGGAGGGCUACCGGACACUGUGUGUUGCCUACAAAUGUCUCAGUGCAGAGGAGUACAACCAGGCAGAUAAAGGACUGAAGGAAGCUAGACUGGCUCUGCAGGACAGAGAAGAGAGGCUCAUGGCUAUUUACAACCAAGUGGAGACUGGGAUGAGUCUGAUAGGAGCCACUGCUGUAGAGGAUCGGCUUCAAGAGGAGGCUGCAGAGACUAUGGAGGCCCUCCAGGGGGCAGGUAUUAAGGUUUGGGUCCUAACGGGGGACAAGAUGGAGACAGCAAAGUCCACUUGUUAUGCUUGUAGAUUGUUCCAGAGAAAUACAGAGCUGCUGGAACUAACAGUGCGCACUCUGGACGAUGGAGGGAGGAGGCGCGAGCAACGACUGCAUGACCUCUUAAUUGAAUAUCAUAAAAAAACUGUGCAGGAUGCCCUACCAGCUAAAGCAGGUGUCACCAGGAGCCGGUCUUCAUCAAACCAAGACUAUGGUUUUAUCAUAGAUGGAGCUACUCUGUCAAUGGUGCUCAACUCCAACACUGAGUCCAACUCAAAACUCUUCAAGAACCUGUUCCUGCAGAUCUGUCAAAACUGCACAGCUGUUCUCUGCUGUCGCAUGGCUCCUCUACAAAAGGCACAGAUAGUUAAAAUGGUGAAGAACUCAAAAGGCAGUCCAAUCACUCUUUCCAUUGGAGAUGGUGCCAACGAUGUCAGCAUGAUCUUGGAAGCUCAUGUUGGCAUUGGCAUUAAAGGUAAAGAGGGCCGGCAGGCAGUGAGGAACAGCGAUUAUGCCAUACCCAAACUCAUGCACCUCAAGAAACUUUUGUUGGCUCAUGGGCAUCUCUACUAUGUUCGCAUUGCACACCUGGUGCAGUAUUUCUUUUACAAGAACCUUUGCUUCAUCUUACCUCAGUUUUUGUACCAGUUCUUCUGUGGCUAUUCCCAGCAACUUGCUCUGGACACACGACAUUGGACAUGGAUCAACCACUUUAUGAUCUGGGGAUCUCUGGCUUUCUAUGUGUUUUUCAGCUUCCUUUGGGGAGGAACAAUAUGGCCUUUCCUGAGCCAGCAGCGUUUGUACUUUGUGUUUGCCAACAUGCUGAGUUCAGUGUCAGCCUGGCUGGUGAUCAUCCUCCUCGUCCUGCUCAGUCUACUGCCAGAGAUCCUGCUUGUAGUAUUCCGCAAGGCCCGUAGCCCCCACACUCGACAGAAGAAGCUGGUUCAGUCGAGCGUGGGGGGACUCCAGUCUCCCCAGUCUUCAGCCAGACCCCUGCUCAUGAGAACCUUUUCUGAUGAGUCCAAUACUGUCACUUAAGCAGCUCUCAGAUGGUCGCCUCCUACAAACAUCCAGAAUGCAUCUGUCUCACUAAUAUCGUACAAGCAUCUGAAGGAGUGUGAGUAAAAGGCGGCGAGGACUCACAACAACAGUGGCGUCUGCCACAUUCAAGAUGUCGUGCCAGUUGGGUCAGAGCUGACCUGAAAAGAGGAGAAGGAGAUGAAGAGAAGGAAAAAAAUCAGAAGAAAAAGAGAGAUAUGCUGACUGGGGGAUGGGAUGUAAAGGGAUUUAGCAGCCUUUUGACACGUGUCUUUCUGCUCCGUCCUUCUCUGCUCAAUCCCAAAAGCUCCUAACCCCCCCCCGUGCAUGCCUGCAGAGCAGUGCCCUGCAUCAUUUUUUUAAAAUGUCUACUAAAAUGACAGGCAUGAGUUUUCUUUCUUUUUACUUCUUUUUUAAAUACUAGCUUCCAAUUGAAUGCAUACACUUCUGCCUUGACAGUAGCUCUAACUGCUGUGUUUUAACAAGCAGUUGUGAUAUCCACUCCAAGAAUGGUUCACCUGCAUGAAAGAAGGCUCAAAAGAAAGCUUUACUCCACUGAUGUUCAGUCACUGUGUUCUGCUAAGUUUUUAUAAAGACACGGAGAUCCCUUUCUCACUAGUUACACAUUGAAAAGGUUCUUCUACUUUACAGUUAAUACGCUUUCAAUGGUUAUGGUUAUUCUUAUUUUGUGUUUCAGAAAUAUUCUCAUCCACAGGUUCAAAAUUAAAAAGUUAUUGAAUAUAAUUUCAAUUCAGCUCAGAGCUGCAAACAAACAGUUUUCAGAACGAGCUAAUACAGACCAUAUUACCACUCAGUCCAAAAAGUGUGUGUGUGUGCGUGCGUGCGUAUGUGUAUGUAAGAUUGAGAGAUAGAUUAGAGACAACAAGCCUAUUCUGGCAAUAAAACUAUGCCUCCAUCCUCAGAGAUAAUUUAAGAGAGUCCAAUUUAGAUGAGAUAUUUAAUAUAUGUGUUGUACUGUAUAUAGGUAAGAGAUGUAUAACAGCAUCUGCUCAAAGCCAAAAAGAUGAACGUAAUACGAUCAGAUUCUGUGAUCUGGAAGUGACCCAUUGUCGUGUGUCAUGUGCAACUUGUACUGGAUGAGAAAAUUGAGAUAUGUCAGUGUGUGUGUGAUGAAUACCGGAAUUACUUGAACCUCGUUGAUGUAGUUCGGUCAGACGGUUCCUGCACUAUUACCGUUUCUUCAUUGCGUAGAUAGCACGUGUAUUCAGUAUGUCUGAGCAUACACAUGCACAUAUCUGAUAGCUGAGAACAUUAUACACAGUCACCACACACGUUGUACACUUAAUACACACAUGCACUAGAGCCUAAAUGAGGUAUUUACUUUAUGUUCAUUAUCCAUCAUCUAGAUCAUGUACUUCUUCUCAGUCAGGCUGAAGUUGGGAUGUAAAGAAAACCAACUCCAGACCUGCAGAGUCGACAUAGUAAAUGUUAGCAUGAGGCUCCACACUCCGUCCUCUUUCUUGUUUUGGGACUGUUCGGCCUUUAACGUCUUUUGUGUAGUGCUUCAUACAUUCCAUUUAGACAUGCCAUUGUUCCAAACUCUUAAAAUAUACUGUUUUGAAAUACUUGUGCUUAUGCUUUUUCUUCAUGGACGUGUAUUGUUUGGCAUAUUUAUUGUUGUGUCAUUUAGCUCACAAUUAUUAUAUUUCAUUACAUAAGUCUGUUAUUAUUGGGGAGGAGUGGUCAGCUUUGUUGGUCAUUUGAGUUAGCCUGUGUUACCCCAGCCCUGAUGUCAGCCUGUGCCAAUCCCAUGAUUGUCUUUGUCAUAUAUACAAAGACAGGCAGCCCCCCCAUCCCACACUCCCAACAUGCAAAAAUCAGCCUCUGAACCAGUGCCACCCCUCGUUCUGUGACGUAACUCUUGGUUUAAACUGAUGAGUAAUUGUUUCUACAAUGAUCCAUGAGUUUUGUUAUACAAUCUAUCAGUAUGUUGAUUUGAAAGUUUAAAAACUCCAGUACAAUACUUUUUAGUGCUGGUCUUGUAUUUUACUCCACUGACUGUAGCCUGACAAGUCUGAUCCGGUGCAUCUACACAAUGGCACAUGCAGUCAUAAAACCAAGUGGAGAUUUUGAUCAGGUUAAUAUUGAUUUGUUCAUAAAUGGGAAAAUGUACAUCCAUUUCAGCUUCAUUUUCUACUUUCAAGUCUGUUUUACUGAUGUUCGGUUUGCAGAGGAGGCAGUUUUUACUCUGGCUGCACUGUGUUGGUGAUAUACUGGAUGUAAGAGGAUACAUUGAGAGGGGCUGCCUGCUUUGUUUAAUGAAAAAACCUUUAAGUGACAUCAGAGAUGCUAUUUUCUUGUAAUCUAAUUUUUUGCCUGUCUAAUGAAAACUAUAAAAAGAAUGAAUUGUAUUUUUAAUGCAACCUUUUUCCAGCCACUUUUUUGUACGAUAACCAAAAUGUCCAAAAAAAGCACGAGAGGCUCUGUGGCUGUGGAUGCUGUCUGUGAGGGGUGGAGGUGGACACCUUCAGGCACCCCAGCAGCGACGUGUCGCACAGCAGGGACACCCCCGCCACCUCCAGCCCUCCAGCUUCCUCCAGCCUCAACACUCCAAACCUCUAAGCUGAAUGUACCUCUUUGAAACUAGUGUAUCGAAAACCUGAAGUUCUUCUGUAAUAAAGCAGAAUGUUU